CAGCGCCCGCCGCCUCCCACGGGACCCGAUGGCCUCUGAAGGCCUGGCGGGGGCGCUGGCGGACGUGCUGGAGGGCGGGGGGCCGCUCGUGCAGAGCUGCGACUCGGUGCCGGCCGAGGAGCUGGUGGCCCCGGUGCGGCUGCGGAAGAACGUCUGCUACGUCGUGCUGGCGGUGUUCCUCAACGAGCAGGAUGAGGUGCUACUGAUCCAGGAGGCCAAGCGAGAAUGCCGUGGGUCCUGGUACCUACCCGCCGGGAGAAUGGAGCCGGGAGAGACCAUCGUGGAGGCACUGAAGCGCGAAGUGAAGGAGGAGGCCGGACUGCAGUGUGAGCCUCUGACUCUGCUGUCUGUGGAGGAACGGGGCCCCUCCUGGGUCCGCUUUGUGUUCCUCGCUCGCCCCACAGGUGGAAUUCUCAAGACUUCUAAGGAUGCAGAUGCAGAGUCCCUACAGGCUGGCUGGUACCCACGAACCUCCCUGCCUACUCCAUUGCGAGCCCACGACAUGCUGUACCUGGUAGAGCUAGCUGCCCAAUAUUGCCAGCAAGCUAGGCACCCUCUAAUUUUACCCCAAGAGCUUCCCUGCAGUCUGGUCUGCCAACGGCUCGUGGCCACCUUUACCAGUGUCCAGACUGUGUGGGUGUUGGUGGGCACCGUGGGGAUGCCUCACUUGCCCAUCACGGCCUGUGGCUUCACCCCCAUGGAGCAGAGGGGCGGCAUGAAGAUGGCCGUCCUGCGGCUGUUACAGGAGUGUCUGACCCUGCACCAUUUGGCAGUGGAAACCAAGGGGUUGCUGGGACUGCAGCAUCUGGGCAAAGACCACACAGAUGGCAUCUGUCUGAAUGUGCUGGUGACAGUGGCUUUCCGGAACCCAGGUAUCCAAAAUGAGCCCCCGAAGAUUCGGGGUGAGAACUUCUUUUGGUGGAAGGUAGUAGAGAAGGACCUACAAAGCCAGCUCUUACAGAGGCUUCAGGAGUCAUCUGUCAUCCCAGUCAACAGAUAGGAAGGGGCCAGGAGUGGGCAAGAAGCUGCUCUCCUCCACCACGGCUUCAUCUCUCCUCUGAGGGAGACAGGAAGCUGGAGACCAGGGAUCUUGUUGCAUUGGGAGCAGGGGCAGUUUUCUUGAUUCUCAGGGGAUUCCCAUCUCUCCCUGGCUAUGGAGCAGGUCCUACAUCACACCCACCAAGAAGGACAGUGCCUUUAACCAAGCAAGGAGUCCAGAGCUCGGGGACCUGAUUGCCCUGAGGGCAAACUGAAGCUAUUUCAUAAGGGGAUGUGGGAACUGUCUGAACCUGAGAAGUCAUAUAGUCAUCAUUUCCUGUGUCCACCUCCAUACAUGCCUACAUCUGAGUCCUCUCAGGCACUUAGAACAUGAAAGGGGCAUGUGGGGAGCAGGCCCCUUGCUGAAGUAAAUAAGUGCUGCUUACCUGGCCUUCCCUGCCUAAAUGUCUCUGUGGGGAGGAAGUGAGCUGGAAGGUAGGACUGCUGUUAGAAAAGAGGAGUUGCUUCCCUUGUUCCACCAGACGGUCACCCUGGCCUUUUCCAAAUGGCGUGCUGAUGCUGGAGGGGCCAGCCUGCUAGAGGGUGAGUGGCUGGGGCAGGCAAGCUUUAGGCCGCAAGCUUUAGGUGUAAGCGACCCCACUGGGGUGCUCUUCAUCUUGCCAGCCAGGAACGUGACUGUGAGAGAACCACAUCCCUAUUAAAAUAAAACUCCAGCCCCUUCAA